CGGCCUAUUUAAGCCCGCUUUCUCUACCCCGUCCAACGUUUCCGGCCCUAGCCUCCUCCAUCACAAACACUUUACAACCAGGAGCUAGCUAGCUAGCCAAUCUACGGUGGCGGAAGCUCUCACCAUGCUGGAGAAUCAGAACCAAGCCGAGGUCCUUUGGCCGAGGCUGGUAGCGAACAAGCUCUUCAGAAAGCCCUCCGGCAGCCACGCCUUCGUCGCCGACUUCCCGGCGGUCGCCGGCGCCGCGGAGGAGUUCGAUGGAUGCAGCCCCGACGCCGGCGCCGACGCCCACCGAGGAAUCAAGCGGCCGCGGCCGCAGCAGCGGAACAAGACGCUCAAGUACAGGCUGUUCGCGAGCACGUGGAACGUCGGCGGCGUUGCGCCACCGGACGACCUCGACCUGUCGGACUGGCUCGACACCAGGAACGGCACCUACGACAUCUACGUCCUCGGAUUCCAGGAGGUGGUGCCGCUGAGAGCGCGGAACGUGCUGGGCGCGGACAAGAACCGCAUCGGCAUGCGCUGGAACGAGCUCGUACGGGCCGCGCUGAACCGGUCGUCGCCGUCGCCGUCUCCGGGCGCCCACUCCGCCGGAGGAGGAGGGGAGAAGCAGAAGGUGCACCCGGUCCGGGACGGCGCCUCCGGCGACCUGGGGGCGCGGGACUUCCGGUGCGUGGUGAGCAAGCAGAUGGUGGGCAUCCUGCUCACCGUGUGGGUCCGCGGCGACCUCCGCCGCCUCGUGCGCCGCCCCAGCGUCUCCUGCGUCGGCUGCGGCGUCAUGGGAUGCCUCGGCAACAAGGGCGCCGUGUCCGUCAGGUUCUGGCUGCGGGACACCAGCUUCUGCUUCGUGUGCUGCCACCUGGCCUCCGGCGGCAGGGAGGGCGACGAGGCGCACCGCAACGCCGACGCCACCGAGAUCCUCUCGCGGACCAGCUUCCCGCGCCGCCACCCCUCCUCCUCUCCAUCGUCGUCGCUCGCCUCGCCCCAGAAGAUCCUAGAUCACGACCGGGUGAUCCUGCUUGGGGACCUCAACUACAGGAUCUCGCUGCCGGAGGCCAAGACGAGGUUGCUGGUGGAGAGGCAGGACUGGAAGUCACUGCUAGAAAACGACCAGCUGCGAGGAGAGGUAUCAUCCGAAGGUGGAGCGUUCAACGGGUGGAACGAGGGGGCGAUCACAUUCUCGCCGACGUACAAGUACCACCGGGACUCCGACGCCUACUACGGCUGCGCCGACAAGGCCAGUAAGAAGGGAGAGCAGAAGCUCAAGCGCCGCGCGCCGGCGUGGUGCGACCGCGUCCUGUGGCGCGGCGCGGGGCUGAGGCAGACCCGGUACGACCGGUGCGAGUCGCGGCUGUCGGACCACCGCCCCGUGCGAGCCGUCUUCGCCGUCGAGGUGGACGCGCCAUGGAACCUCAACUCCCUCCGGAGCUUCUUCCUGUCCGAGCGGUUCGACAGGGCCAGGAGCCCCGCCGAUGGCCUUCUCGUGCUCCGAGAGGACGACCACACGACGAGCAGCGCAAGAUUCGCCGAGGACGUAUGACGCAGACAUGGAUAUAUGCUGUCCAGGCCGCGAUCAAAGACAGAUAUGUCUCCAAACUGUACACAGACAAAAGAGAGAGUACUUAACACUGUUAUAGAUGAGUUCGAUCGAUCGGUCUGUUUUUCAGAGUUGUUCAUACGUGUCUACAGUAGUAGUAUAAGCAAGGA